AGAUGUACAUCUGGCUGACCAAUUUUAUGAAGAAGGAUAUGAUGAUGAGAAAUAUACUUCAGAAGAGUAUUAUGAAAAAGACGAAUAUGAGGUCUACCUAAAUACUAGAUCUGGACCUUACCCAAGAAAUGCUGUGUCAAAAAAUAAAAGAUGA